AGGCAAGCAUUCUACUUUUAGAUCAAUCAAAGGUACGAACAAGCGCUCUCCUUUUGGUCUUGAUUUUCCCCACGGAGAAACGCAAUUUUUCUGGUCCCCAUUUCUACCAUCGAGUAUUUCAGCUUGAAUUUAGCGAAUUCGAGGAUGACUGUGAAGAAUAAGUGACACAUGGAAAUUGAUGUAUGUUGAAAUUUUUAUAGAGUUUGUUCUUGUAUUUAUAAUUAAUAAUUCGCUGCAGGGGAAGACGUAGAUGAGAUACAACAUGCUGCUAAUUAAAGUGUCACGUUGAGAUUUUUCACGCUAUUCUAUCAAUAGUAGAUGAUCGUUGAUUUACAUUGGAAAGUCGUUUACGCUUAUCGACGUGCGCAGCCCACGUUCAUCUCAUUCCUUCUUCAUGUGUUGUCCUUCGCGUGUUAUUCAUCUCUGAUUGAAAUGCACUGACUUUGCGAACCUGGAUGAAUCGUGUUGAUUAUGCUCCUCGUUGUACUAGUAUUGUGACCCAAAUAAAAAUUCCGCAAGAUGUAAGGAGCGUCGAACAGGAUGAAUUAUACGUGUAAAUGACUUACUAGAUGUCAGACUUUGGUCAAUAACAUCAAACUGUGUCGUCUCCUAUACCAUCGCUAUCAUCAAGAAAAAACGGUCCUUCGUUUUAGCGAGAAAUGAUGGAUCAGCUUGUCUUGUUGAAGCUUUUUGGCAUGUUUGCGACCGUUGUCGUCGCCUACAUGGGCAUCAUCGCGACCUGGUUUUUGGCGGAUUAUGCGAAGACGAAUUCGGGGAAGAACGUGAUCCAACGAGCGAAUGCAUUCGCAUCGGGAGUUCUUCUCAGUGUCGCGUUAGUGCACUCUUUGCCAGACGCGAUCGGAGACAUUGGCCUCUACGCACCGAUGUUAGCAGGGUUCUCCUAUUGCUGUCUGCUGGCGCUGGAAAUCAUUGUCGGGGGACUGCUCCUCCAGGGUGCCAAGGCGAAAACCGGAACUGCAGUUUCCUCGCCGACUACUGUGGCUGUAGCACCUCUAGAAUCUUCAAGACCUCAAAACGCUGCGGCGGAUGAUGAGUCCACAUUUGUUCUUACGCUUCUUGGCAAAGAUAUCGGCCGUACAGGUAUACAACUUGGAAAUACAACGAUGGCGAAAGGCGGCGCAACCGUGAUGUCCAAAAACAUCGAUGAACAAGGCAAAGGAGCAAGCGGACGAGCAUCUCCAGAUACGAUAACACGAGGUCGAGAGGAAGAAGCAGCAGGCAGCGUGUCACGACAGGCGCAGAAUAAACCUGAUUGCUGCAAAAAGACGAAAGAGCAGUGCGAACUCAGCCUAGCAGCUCAAGAACGCAGUCGGAGCCUAUCACGGCAAAGGCAAUCGCCCUCUCUCGGGGCGAGGCGUGACGCUUCGCCAACACUUAGUGGUACUUUACUACAUCCAUGUUAUUGUUACCACUCUUGCACUUAACUAUUCUAGAUAAUGAUGGUGCAGAAUACAAGAUAAAUGCUCAGUAUACAACAAGGUCGUCUGACCACUUACCAAAAAUGGUACCUGAUAUGUUGAACGAGCAAACUGCUUUAGGAGAAUCAAAUAGACUCAAAACUUCUACCUUGUAAUUCAAGAUGCCACAACGAUUUUCUUGGCUUCGCAUUUUUACUCUACUUUGCUGGAGUUGAAUGUUUUCACGGAUUUGAACAGACAGGAUGGCGUAGAAAAUGCAGACUUCACUCCAAGAUAGAUUUUUUUUUCAACUCUAAAACCUAAAACUAGCUCUCUGGAGUGGUCCCCCAGGGGCAGGCGUCAACGGAAUUCCAAAGAAUUUGCUAGAACAAUCAAAACUCAAAAUCAAAAUUCAAAAUCAAAACUCAAAAUCAAAAUUCAAAAUCAAAAUUCAAAAUCAAAAUUCAAAAUCAAAAUUCAAAAUCAAAAUUCAAAAUCAAAACUCAAAAUCAAAAUUCAAAACUCAAAAUCAAAACUCAAAAGUAAAACUCAAAAUCAAAACUCAAAAUCAAAACUGAAAACCAAAACUCAAGACCAAAACUCAAAAUCAAAACCAAAACUCAAAAUCAAAACUCAAAAUCAGAGCUCAAGAUUCAAAGUAUGGAAUCAAAAUCAAAACUCAAAAUAUAAAACACCCAAACUCCAAAACUCUGAUCCAAAUUUCAAAACUUUGAUCUAAAGUUGAGAACUUUGGCCCAAAUUUCAAAACUUCGAUCCAAAUUGCAAAACUCAAAAUCAAAACUCAAAGUCAAAAUAUGAAAUCAAAAUCAAAAUUCAAAAUAUAAGGCAUGAAAUCAAAAUCAAAACGAGGGAAAAACUUUAUACUGUAAGAGAUUUUUCAUCUUCGUGUAAAUCAGCAACAAUUCCUAUUCUCAAAUGUACUUAGAGAUUCUAGCAUACACUUAUAGAUACCCCAAAAUUGACAUCUCUUGACAUGUUUGCCACCAAUAUUUUUCAUAAUCGCAAAUAGAUACUGGCUCAGUAGGAAAUGAAUUUGAAAAAGAUGAGAUAAAAUCAAAAUUUCUUGGAUUUGCCAUUUGAUAAAUGAAUUCGCAACUUUUUUGAACCAAGCCCCUUGGUUAUCCUGCCUACUGUCAGUAUUUUCGUCGAAUAUCUUCUAUGAGUAAAACGUACAGGGUUCCUGGUACCACACGCGCCAAAUCUUGGCGCACAUGGCUGUGGCGCAGUCGGCGGCCUAGCUAUUGCAGCGCAGCAAAUGGACGAUGCCCAGAAAGCGCGAGCGUUCUUCCAGCACGAGCAGCAGAAAAAACAGAAAUCUCGACAAAGUCUAGUCCUGCGAGAAAAGCAGGAAAUAAAAGCUUCGGGAGGCAGCAAAGCUGAGGUUCUUUUAGUUUUGUUCUUCCUAGAAACGAUUUUGAUUUGAUGCAGCUACUCGUGAUCGUUGCAUACAGCUUCGAGCGAAAGCUUUACUUCAUACUUUAUUCUAGAACUACAAGUAGAUAAGUUUAUGUUGUCGCGACAGUUGUCAUCAUUUUCACAUCAUCUAUGUAUUUACCGCCACCUGUACAACCAGGUAUAUCCAACUUCUGCGGGUGCGUCAGACAUGACGGGGGCUGAUGCUGGUCUUGCAGCUCAAUCAUCAAGCGGCACCGCUUCUUCGACCGAGUUCGCAUCAAAUGCUCAGGACAUCGAAGAACAACAGCAAUCCAAGAUGUCCUCCCGGUCAACUCGUGCAUCAGCAUCUUCAGGCUCUGUGAACAAAACCAUCUUCGGAGCAGGAAACGUCGAUACUGACGGUGACUACCAGAGCGUGAAAAGCAUGUUCAGAAGUGUGUUACUUUUUACGGCCCUGAUGUUUCACAGCGUGCUCGAAGGACUGGGCUUCGGAAGUGCCGCAGAUUCCGGACUGGCGUCCGCCACACUUAUUGCCAUAGUAGCACAUAAAGGGCUAGCGGCUUUCGCCUUGGGUCAGACUUUACUGCAGGAGGAAACUGACGGUGCACCUGGAGAAGGAGGCGCGCAGAUAACUACUACCUCUGGUCCACUAGUACAACCUCCUGGUGGAAUCGAGCUACAACCAAAUCAACGACCUGACCACUCACCCCGACUUGCAGACGCUAGUAAAAUCCUGCAGCCCACAGCAGCAAUGCCAUCUCUAUCAGCCGAGAAAUUCGCGGUACCUCUGCCCAUUGGGAGCGCCGGACGCUCACCAACAGCGGGUACCUUUCCCGCUACUCGACCUGUGACAUUCGGCGCCUUCUUGCCUGAUUUUUUAAGGUCCGUGAUCGGCGAUAAGGUGUCAAGCAUACCAGUGCUGCGAGCGGUAGUGACGAACGAGGCGCACAUAGUAUCCCCUUCGGACGAGGUUGCAUGUAUGUGCACGACGUCGCCAAACGAGCCAACUACUAACGGCACGGCGCUCACCUCAGGCGCAACUGCAUUCGGUCUAGCGCAACCCCUGCUCACAACAGCAUCUUCCUCAGUGGAUCAAGCAUCCAUUAGUUUUCCGAAAAAGCAGGGCGUGCAACUAGAAUCUUCAAUAGAUUUGGAGUUGGGUCAAGAAGACACCAAUUGCAGAGCGUGCGUUGCUGAGGAGGAGGCCAAAGCGGUCACGGCUCCUGCCCGCCUGAGGUUCCUCGUCUUCACGCAGAUCUUCGCCUUUUCGACUCCACUUGGUGCGCUUAUCGGGAUCCUUACUUCGAAUGGCGCACAAGACUCAGUCUUCUCAGCCACCUGCCAGUCUCUCUCUGCGGGAACCUUCUUACAAAUCUCCGUCAAUGAGCUUAUUCCCCACGCUCUGUCGGCCGCCGACGAGCCGGUGUCGGAAAACGUAAAGAGGUUGCUGGCGCUUCUCCUGGGCUUCCUAAUCAUGAGCGGAAUGGCGCUAGCCGGUGCAUGA